AUGGUUGAAGUUACAACUCUCUCUAAACUAAGUGAAAUUUCGAAUGCCAAUAAUAAAAAGAAAAAACGGGAAUUAGAUGAAGAAGAAUCAGAUAUUGAUAUCAGUAGUACCGACUCUGAAGUUGAAGAUACUGAUUCAGAAUCUGGAGAUGAUCAAGAAAUAGUCAAUAUUGAUUUUGAUUUUUAUAAUGUCAAUAAAGAUGUUGAUUUUCAUGCCUUAAAAAACUUAUUACGCCAAUUAUUCGGCCAAACAGAAUCCAAUAAAAUACAUUUAAGUAGCUUGGUUGAUUUAAUACUAGAUGCACCAGCCACCACUACAAUCAAAUGUGAUGGUAAUGAAUCAGAUCCAUAUUGCUUUUUAACUUUACUUGAUUACAAGGAGAAUAAAUCUAGUGAUUAUGUGUCGUAUUUGAAAAACAAAGUCGAUACCAAAAUAACAACAUUUUUCAACACUUUAGAUAAAUCCAACAAAACUUUAGCCUUGUUAUUGUCUGAAAGAUUAAUUAACAUGCCACCAGAAGUUGUUUCUCCAUUAUUUAAGAUAACUUUGGAAGAUGCCUACAACAACUUAGGAAAUGACAAGCAUUAUGAUUUGUAUUUUAUUGUCAGUAGAAAAUAUGAAGUAAAUUUUGAUAACGAUGAGGAUGCUGGUAAUAAUAUUAAAAAAUUAAGUAGUAACAAAAGAACCAAACCGGCAUAUGAAAUUGAUUAUUUUCAUCCAGAAGAUCAAUUUAUUGAAAAGUAUGCUUCUGUAAAAUAUGAUUCGGUUCCUAGGAAGGGUAUAAUAAAUAGUUAUAAUAUUAUUGACCAUAGCAAUUUAGUUAAAGCAAUUGAAGAAUUUGAAAAUGAAGUUUCCAAGUGGUAA